CGCUGAAAAUUAAAAAAAUCGUGAAUACGCAACCCACAAGACACCCCAUCUUCACCUGAUUGACAAUUGACACAUCUGUCAAGUGUCAAAACCUCCCGACGUUUUAGGUUACGUCCACCUACAGCCCCUUUAUGGCCGACUGCAAGUCCACCAUGCGGGAGCUCGAAGCCACCGCCAAGACCUCCGCCACCACGCACGUGAUCAACAUGUUCCAGCGGCCCGGCCAGCUCGAGAAAGUGGACCAGUUCAAGCGGCGCCUCACCCGCAAGAAAAACUCGGUGGAGGCCCUCCUCAAGUCCGCCAUGCAGCAGCAGCUCGACGGCGUCCGCACCGGGCUCAACCAGCUGCACUGCUGCCUCGAAGACGUGCGCGAGAUCGACUCCAGCCUCAAGAAGAUGUUCGGCUUGUUCUCGGAGGUGCCCCAGUUGUGCAACCAGUUGAACCAAGUGCGCGACGAGAACAUGCGGCACUCGCAGUACGUGACGGCGAGGGAGAACCUGAAGCACAUCUUCACGGUGCCGGAGAGCGUGGAGAAGACCAAGCAGUGGAUCAACGAAGGCAAGUUGCUGCACACGCAUCAGUGUCUACGCGACUUGGAGAACUCGAGGGACGAUUUGUUGUACGAGUUGCACAAGCUGCCGAAUCAGUCGCCGCACGACAAGAGCAUGUUGAAGGCGUAUUUCGCCGACGUGGAGACGUUGUCGAAUAUCUUGGAGAAGCAGUUGAGGUUGAUUUUGUCGCGGACGUUGAACACGGUGAGGAAGGAGCCGACGGUGAUUGUGACGGCGUUGAGGAUCAUAGAGCGGGAGGAGAAGACGGAUCAGGAGACGGUGAAGCAGGGGAAGCUCACGGGGUUUUUGCCGCCGGGGCGGCCUAAGAAAUGGAAAGAAAUGGCGUUCGAAGUGUUGGAGAAGUCGGUGGCGACGAGAGUCGAAGGUACGCAAGUUGACGAACGAGAAGAUAACAAACACUGGUUGAUUCGGUACUUGGAGUUGACGCGGCAACUAAUCUUGGAGGAUCUCCGAGUGGUGAAGACUUUGUGUGUACCUUGCUUCCCCCCACGUUACAACAUCAUCGACAAGUACAUCCAAAUGUACCACAAUUCGUUGUCGCGGCACCUACAAGAAGUGAUUCAGAACGGGCUCCAAGGUAACGAAUACGUGACUGUAUUAUCAUGGGUGAACAAAACCUACCACGGUUUCGAGCUACUAGGACACCCGGAUUUAUUCGAACACACGAAAAACUUAGGCCCUCUACUCCCACAAGCCGUGAUGGAGCACCUAGAAAGCGACUACUUGAAGAACAUCGAAGCCAACUACAUAGAAUGGAUGCGGAACACUCUAACCUCUGAAGAACAAGAGUGGAGGUCGGACGUAGAACCCACUUCCGACAACUACUCACGUACCGCCGCCCCCAUAAUCAUCUUUCAAAUGAUCGACCAAAACCUCCAAGUCUCCAACACCAUCAGUACCGAAAUGACGUGCAAAGUACUAAUCGUGAGCAUCGAACAAAUCAUCAACUAUGGAGAGUCGUACGGGAAGGCAGUCUUCGACUUCAAAACCAAGUACUUCGAGGACCGAAAACAAGUCCCUUAUUUCACCCAAUACAUGAUCAUCAUCAUCAACAACUGUCUCCAAUUGAACGAAUUGGGUACUCAACUCGAGAAGCAGUACUGGACUUCAUCAAGCCCUCCACUCCUCGGGGAGAACUUCAGCAAACUACGCGCCACUUUCAUCCAGUUGAGGAACGACGCAGGCGACUAUCUCCUAGAGGAAUUGUGCAUGGAUUUGGAUAAACACUUCGACGAGUUGUUCAACACGCGCUGGUUGGGUACCACUCUUCCCGUAGACACGAUUUGCGCCACGUUGGACGAUUAUUUCCUAGACUACAACCGACUAAGCGAACCUAAUUACAAAUUCAUCGUCCAUCAAGCUCGUGCUUUAGUUUCCAAACGGUAUUUAACCGCUCUGUUAUCAAAAAGGGUGUCUUUCAAGACCUACGAAGAGAGUGUCCAAGCGGCUGCAAAAAUCGUGAAAGAAGCGAAACAGUUAGGGAAGUUGUUGGACACUUUGUGUAGUUUGGAGGGUGAUGAUCCCUUCGAAACUGUGAUUUUGUUGACGGAAGUGCUCAAGAGCGACGACGAUAUGUUAUCGUUUGAACUGCACCGGAUCGUCGAGAAGUAUCCCGAUAUCAUGGAGGAUCAUCUGCUGAGGUUGUUGAGUCUGAGAGGGGACUUGGCGAGGUCGGACAUACGUGAUAAGGUGGCACACUUGCCCAAAGUCAAGAUGACGCACCAAAGCAGCGUUUUCCGGACGCUAGUUUUCCCCAAACUUGUUAACCUUAAUGUUUUUAAUAAUUAAAGAAUGUAUCGAGAUAAA